AUGCCUCGCUUCAAACGCCCCAUCGAAGAUCUCGCCAACAAGUCCGACUCGGACGACGAUGAUUACAGCGACCACCCCGUCCGCGCCGCCCCGCGCCCCAAAUCCAAGAAGAAGGCCAAGCCCGCCAAGAAGAAAGCCCGCCGCGCCUCCGACGACGACCUCUCCGACGAAGAUCUCUUCGAUGAGGCCGACGAACUCUCCUACGAGGAGUCCGACGAGGAUGAGGACGACCAAAAUGCCCAGAGGAAUGCUCGCGGCCUCGUCGCCCGACGCGCCGCCACCAAGCGCCCCGCCUACAACGAGGACGAGACCAGCAGCAUCGAGGACGAUCCCGACGAGGACGCCGACGGCGACAGCGAGCCCGUCCCGUCCCCCCGGAAACGAAAAAGCGCCGUCGUCACUCUCAAGGUCGGCGAUGCGCUCAAGCGCCAACCGCCCGAGGACCACCAACUCGCCCAUCGCCGCAUCACCCGGCGGACGCGCGGCGCCUCCGAGGACAUCUACGCCCUGACCAACUCGGGUCGCCAUAUGGAGACGGUCGAGCGUGCCACCCUCAGCCCCGACGCUGACAUGGCGCGCCGGGGCCGGCGCGGGUCCCGAGCCGCGAAGCGCACCCCGGGAUUCGCCGCCAAGCCCGACGACCUCGACGUUAUCGAUGAGACCACCAUGGAGAUCAAGGGCUCCCAACCCGAGAUCAUGGAAAGCGACGUACCCGUCAGCUUCGACGAGAGUCUUACGGCGGCCGCCCGGCCCGCCACCCAGGGCGACCCCUCCGUCGUCCCCGAAUCCGAAAACGGAGACGUCAAGAACGGGGUGGGCGGUGCGGAUGACGACGAGGAUGACGAGGACGAGGGCCCCGUGGCCCGGCGGAGAACCCGACGCGGUCGCUCCCAGCCGGCCGCGGACCCCGACGAGGAGGACGCCGGGGCGCUGCGUCGGUCCAGCCGCAAGAAGCCCCGGAGCUCCCAGCGCCAAAACGACGAAGGCAGUGAUUUCGAGCCCGAGGAGGAAGAAUCCAACGACGAUGAGGAUGAGGACGAGCUAGGGAAGUCGCAGGCGUCCCCCCGCAAAGCGAGUCAGGUACCAGACGAGGACGAGGCGGACAGCACCGCCGGUCGUCGACCGGGCCUGCGCAAACGGGCGUCGCGCUCCCGCGGCCAUUCGGAAGCGACAGGCGACAUCGCCGAAGAGCUGGCCGAGGAGUUGCACGACCUACGUGGCGGGCGGCCCCGCCGGCGUGUGCAGACCGAUAUCGUCUACGAAAAGCCCCGCCGCACCCGCAAGGAUGUCGAUUACCGGAUCAUCCGCCCCGACCUGAUCCUCCCCAUCGAGGAGGCCGAGAACGAGGUCAACGAGUCGCCCUCGCGUCGCGGCGGCCGCGGGGGUGGUGGUGGCGGCGGCGGCGCCUGGCAGCGCUCGCUCUUCCCCACCUUUGGGCCCUUCGGCGGCAGCGGACCGUCGGCGAUCUUGGGACCCCCCGGGGCACCGGCCACCAUCGGUGGCGCCGACAGCGACAGCAGCGACGACGAGGUCACGCCGCACGCGCGGGGAUCCGCGUCGGGCCCCGCGUUACCCGGUGCCGGGCUGCUCCCGGCCCAGACCAACACCAACGAGGCAGCGCCGGGCCUGUCAGGGACGCCUGCGAAUCUUGGCAAACUUAAAGACCGGCAGACCCUGGCCGAUGCAGACCCGCUCGGUGUCGACACCACGGUCAACUUCGACAGCGUCGGUGGCCUGCAGGGCCACAUCGACCAGCUUAAGGAGAUGGUCUCCCUCCCACUGCUGUAUCCGGAGAUCUUCCAGCGCUUCCACAUCGUGCCCCCGCGGGGAGUGCUCUUCCACGGGCCGCCGGGUACGGGUAAAACCCUCCUCGCCCGCGCGUUGGCCAACAGCGUCAGCUCCGAGGGCCGGAAGGUGACCUUUUACAUGCGCAAGGGUGCCGAUGCCUUGAGCAAAUGGGUUGGCGAGGCCGAGCGGCAGCUGCGGUUGCUCUUCGACGAGGCCCGCAAGACGCAGCCGAGUAUUAUCUUCUUUGACGAAAUUGAUGGUCUCGCCCCCGUGCGUUCCAGCAAGCAGGAGCAGAUCCACGCCUCCAUCGUGUCAACUUUACUAGCCCUGAUGGACGGCAUGGAUGGCCGCGGACAGGUGAUCGUCAUUGGCGCGACCAACCGGCCCGAUUCCAUCGAUCCGGCCCUCCGCCGGCCUGGUCGAUUUGACCGAGAAUUCUACUUCCCCCUCCCCAACACCGUGGGCCGGCGUGCGAUCCUCGACAUCCACACCAAAGGGUGGGAUCCUCCUCUACCGGGUCCCAUCAAGGAUGAGCUGGCGGAGAUCACCAAGGGCUACGGGGGUGCCGACCUCCGCGCGCUCUGCACCGAAGCCGCCCUGAACGCCGUCCAGCGGCGGUACCCGCAGAUCUACAAGUCGGAUCAGAAGCUCAUCAUCGACCCGAAGCAGAUCGACGUCACCCCGAAGGAUUUCAUGAUCGCCGUCAAGAAGAUGGUGCCGUCGUCGGAGCGGUCCACGUCGUCGGGCGCGUCCCCGUUACCCAAAGAGAUGGAGCCGCUCCUGCGGCAGCCGCUGGCCGAGAUCCAGGAGGUGCUGUCCGAGCUGCUCCCGCAACGAAAGCGGCUCACGGCCCUGGAAGAAGCGCAGUUCGAGGAGCCCGAGGGGUCGGGGAGCUUCCAGCGGGAGCAAAUGCAGCAAGAAUUCGACCGAUCCCGCGUCUUCCGGCCGCGGUUGUUGCUGCGCGGUUCGCUCGGCAUGGGCCAGCAGUACCUCGCCGGCGCGGUCCUCCACCGCUUCGAGGGACUGCACGUCCAGUCGUUCGACCUUCCCACCCUUCUCAGCGACUCCACGCGGUCCCCCGAAGCCGCCGUUAUCCAGCUCUUCGCCGAAGUCAAGCGGCACAAGCCCAGCGUGAUCUACAUCCCCAACCUCCACAGCUGGUCCGAGACCGUGGGGCCGUCCGUCAUCUCCACGUUCCUGGGUCUCCUCCGGUCUGUGCCCCCGACCGAUCCCGUCCUGCUGUUCGGCGUCCUCGAAUCGACCGGCGAGGUCGAUGCCACGCUGGUGCGCCAUCUGUUCGGGUACUCGCGGCGGAAUCUCUUCGACCUGCCGGCGCCGGGCCACGAGGCGCGCUACGAGUAUUUCACCAAGGUCGCCGACUACGUCCAGACCUCUCCUGCGCACUUCCCUGACCCGGAACAUCGCAAGCGGAGGGAACUGGAGACGCUGGAGGUGGCGCCACCCCCGCCGCCGCCCGCGCCCCUCCCGCCGAACAAGGAGCAACUCAAGGCCCAGAAGAAGAAGGACCACCAGACGCUCAACCUGCUGAAGAUCCGGAUCCAGCCUAUCAUGGACCAGAUCAAGAAGUACAAGCGGUUCCGGACGGGGGUGAUCGACGAGAGUCAGAUUCGCUAUCUGUGGGAGGAGGAAGAUCCGAACAUCGUGACGAGCGAUCUCCCGAUCGAGCAACGCACCACCUUCCGCCCGUUCGAGAAGGCAUACGACAAGCACGCGACGCCGGGUCUGCGGGAGACCGUGUCGGGUAAGUUCUUCUACAACAUGGAGAUUGUCACCAUUGAGAAACGCCUGUCCAAUGGGUACUACAAGCGUCCCAAGGACUUUUUGGCGGACAUCAAGCGCAUGGCGAAGGAUGCGCGGCAGCUGGGCGAUCAGGAACGGAUCCUGCGGGCCAACGAGCUGCUCUCCAACGUGGAGGUGGACAUCGCUACGAUCGAGCAGGCCGAGCCGCAGCUGGUGGCCGAGUGCGAGCACGUCUACGAACGGGAGCUCGAGCGCGAGCGAAUCGCGUUGGAGAAGGCCCGGCGCGCCGAGGCGGAGAACGGGCUGAUCGGUCGGGAACCCCCCCACCUGGUCCCGCACGGCAACACCGAGUCGGAUCCCUCCAGCGGGCCCGUGCACCUGGGGCAAUCCUUCCCCGGCAGCCCAUCAAAAGGAGGACGGGCGCGACCGGUCACGCCGACGCGGCCGUCGUCGGUGAGCUUCCUGACCAACGGCUACCACGGGGGCGGCGGGUCCGACCUCAACGAUCUCAGCCACGAGUCGCACACGUCGCGACCCGACGGCGACGGGGACACCUACAUGACCAAUUCCGAGGAGCACUCGGGAGACCGCGACACGCAGGGGAGCUCGUUCGGCCCGUCGGCCCAGCCGCGACCGGCUUACUCGCACACGGCGCCGUCGCAGCAGACGCGGCGGGAGUCGGGGCUCUCGAGUUUCUCGCAGAAGGGUCCAGUGACACCCAUGGCGCCGGGGUCGCAGCCACACGAGUACGCCAACGAGGCCUCGACGACGCAGACGACGUCCGACAAGAAGUCUGAGCAGUCAUCGGUGCCACAUCCCGCCCCCGCGAGCCCGGGGGCCAUCCACGGGCGGCACGAGUACCCAGACCUGACGGAGUAUCCGGACCGCGUGUCGCAGGAGGAGCAUCUGCCCGACACGCAGCAAGGGGACAGCAGCCAGCCGUCGCCGCGACCGCGCGAAUCGGACGUGGGGGCGGCAGCGAACAAGGCCCAGCCGCCGGUGCCCCUGUUCGACGGGUCCCUCCAGCAGUCGACCCAACCCCCGCCGGCCACGCUUCAGUCGCUGCUGAACGACGAGGACCAGUCGCCCAAGCUGAUCCUGGAACCAGGGUACAUCAAGACGCUGCACGAGCAGCUCACACAGCGGACCAGCGGAUGCUCAGUGGAGCAGCUGGAGCAGAUCACCUCGUGUCUCAUGGACUACCUGUGGCAGACGCGGGGCGAAUGGAACCGCACCAAGGUGGCGUGUGGGGUGGGAGAUGUGUUCAACGCGGUGUUGGAGGAUAUGCAGUCGAUGCAGGAGAUAGGACCGAUCAGCCAGAAGACGAAGGAGCAGUUGUCGUCGGUGUAUUCUGAGUAGUCUUUUGCCUUUCUUUUUUCUGAUUCUGCUUUGUUUUUUUUACGUUUCUUAUACCUCAUCUCGUCUGUCAUGUGUUUUCUGGCUAUCUAGACCGGGUCGACAUAGCCUGUCUGGAUGAUUUGUUUACUUAUUUUUUUUUCUUUUUUUAUUGCGGGUGGAUGUUAUGAUUAUCUUACAGCGUGGAAUGUGGAUUGGCCUGGAUAUAGG